UAUGUGCUCUGUAAUGUUUUUCAUGUUGCACGACAGGAAGUGUCGAUUUGCAUCCUCGAUGCACUGAAUACUACGCUGCAGAAAUAUAACACUAUCACGGUGCUUAAAUUACCCAGUUGUCAGAUAAAUGCCUAUGGUAUCCUGCUGAUAGCACACAUGCUGACGGAAUUGGAAUGUUUGAACGAUUUGAAUCUAGAUGACAAUCCGAAUCCGCAGGAAAAUUAUUACCUGCUUUGCGCACCGGCAAAAAAGUGCAUCGCGAAUUUCAAUAAAAUCCCUUUACACUAUCUAUCACUGAGGAUGUGUAAAUUAUCCGAUAACGGUAUACAAAAAAUCGCAAACGAGUUGAAGUAUCAGGAUCCACCAAACGAGCCAAAAUUGAUCGCUCUCAAUGUGGCGGAUAACGAUAUUACAGACAUUGGUGCCGAGUAUAUCGCUGAGAUGCUUCGAACUAAUCGAUCUUUGCAGAGCGUGGUGUUAACUGGAAACAAGAUACAAGAUGACGGCGCUUCACUGAUACUUCAGGAACUUGUCAUGUAUAUUUUUGACAGUAGCGAUUAA